AUGCUGUCCAGAGCCCCAGAUCCACCAUACUACAUGCUGCCUCCUCCGUUUGGCCCGAACUCCACCAGCAAGCCGGGCCAGACCCAACAAGCGGUUUUUCCGACGCCCAACCAGAGCUCAAUUUUGACUCCAAAGACAAACCGUGACGUGCUAGCUUUACUUUUCCUCUUAUUGCUAUUGCCUCAAGGAAUCUCAUGCAUUGUUCUUACCGGAUACAUCUUACUGGGUUCUUUUCGGACAAUCGCUGGCAGAACCAUCUCCAGAUACUUGGGCCUGUCUGACGCCAGUUCGGAAUACGAACUUGAGGCAAAACCAACUGUCCGUUACAAUUUCUACCGCUCAGAAUUGAUUGGAGACUGCCUUCAGCUCUUUUCCAUCAACUCUUUUAUUUUGCUCGUGUGCCACUAUACGUUGCCCACUAGCUGGAUCAAGUACGCCAUCGUAUUGGCAAAGUCCAUUGUUGCUAGCCGUUUAGUUGGAUCUUACACCACAGGCUCAACUACUUACGUUUCGGUAGUGUCUAAUGCAGGAGGUUCUACUACCACGACAACUUCGACGACAUUCCCAGGUUCUCUGACACAAUCUGGCACAAUACCACAAAAGUCUGACUCAAAGUUCUACACGAGCAGCUUACUCAACUCUUUGAUUGGGUUUCUUUCAGUUAUAUCCAUAAACUACAUUGUUAAAAAUUGGUUGUUGGUGUUGAACAUCCCGCUUGUCUUGAGUGAUAUUGCAAAGUUUUAUCGGAACUUGGCCAAUGCAAGUGGCGAUCAGAAUAAUUAUGAGUUCAGCUACUCGAGCCUCUUCCUGUCUUUGUUCACACAGUCCCCAUUUUUUGUUUCCUACAAUUAUCUUGCGUCGAAGAAGGCCCAUUUCACUUUGGAUGACCAUAAGUUUCUAGGCAAGAAUACGGUUCUCACGCAAUUGGUGAUUCACAUUUGCAUGAACUACCUUCAUCUCGGUGAAACUUCGAUCAGAACUAUCGCUCUUCUUUUGCGUGAAACUACCAUCGUUGUUAAUUACGCAUACUUAGUCCUCUGCAUCCAUGUCAUUAGCUUGACAGUCUCUCCAUUUUUGCUGCGUAUUUUUAUCCUCAAGGACUACUCAAAAACGUUGGACCACUUAUCUUCAUUGACUCCCUACGUGCCAUACAGUGCCUUCAAGAAGACUGGAACAGGAAAUAACCUUGCACGAGAAGCUACCUCAACAGAUUCCGUCGUUGUUAUCAAUAUGGAACAGAAUCAACUGCAACAGCAAAUGGCCCUCAAAGGACAUUCUGAACCCCCAGAAAUGAAACUUGACGCAGCUGUGGCUAAUAGCGAAUUUAGCUUACUGCUUGCAUCACAAUCAGUCUCUGCCAGUAACUUCAAGAUCUUCUGUAUGGUUCCAGCACCCAAUAAGUCUUGUUUUGGGAACAAAACAAACCACAAUAGGACCAUUAUUGACCGCAAGAGAUCCAACAGCAAUGCGACACCAUCCACGACCAUAAUGGACAAGUAUUUUACGAUCUCUAUUCAACCAAUUUGGUCAUGGUUGGCAGCUAUAAAAAUUCUUUUUGCAUCUCCAAAAUUGUUUGCUGGUCAACCUACAACUCAUAAAAGUAACGGGCAAAAGUUCAUCAAUGGUUCUGUGGAUUCAUGUCUUCCAAUGGCUAUUGCGUCAAUUGCCGACUCGAGGGUUGUGUUUGAAGUCCUUGAUCAAGACCAAUUCGAGUCUGCCUUACUGGCAGGCUUUAGCGUCCGAGUGAAUAGUGUCUUUUGGCCCCAUGUGAGAUUGUUUAGUGAAGAAAGUACUAGAAAGCUUCUUCUCUGCAUUUAUGGAUUAACUCCGCUUUAUCAGUAUGAAAUUGAUUUAAGCUCCGAAGGUCGUCAGUUGUCCCAUUAUGUUGUCAAUACUACUUCUGCCGAUAGAAGCACUCAGAUCAGCUGCUCUUUGGAGUCCUCUCCUUUACAGACCCUUCAGUCUAGUUUGAAACAUACUAUUGAAACUUUAAACUCCUUGAAAGCCACGUUUCGGAAAAUUAAGAAAGAUGAACACAAACGGACCACAGAGUUGAAAAAGCAGAUUGAUAGUUUAAAGUCCAAGAUUGACAAGUAUGGGAACCGUGAGGCAAACGAAGGUCGCGUCAGUGGAAAGUUAAAGGGCUUACAAAAUUCUAUAACACAGUUGGUUAAUGAGAUAGAACAAAUGGAACGACUUGUUAUGGAGUCAGAACUGACUAAUGAAGGCAUGCAAAGAGAGUACAAAGAGGAGGAGGAGCACCUUAGUCAAGAAAUUGCAUCUUUGGAGAAGAAAUUGGCAGAACAUGAGCUUGACAGCGCGAAAAUGAAAAACGACGUGAAAACUGUUCAAAAUGAAAAGAGCAGUAUUGAAGCUAAGAAAAAGAAAAGCAUUGGAAAGUACCAAGUUAGAGAGGAGGAAAUUGCUCGUCUAAACAUGGAGCUCAAGACGUUGAAGAAAGCCAUGAUUGCCAAACUUCAAAGGCGGCAAAAGAGAGUGCACGAUAGAUUUGAAACUAUCUUACCCAAGGUAAAUGAAGCAAUUGACAACUUGAAGGCAGAUCUUUCCGAAUAUUUCAACGAAAAUGAGCAGCGGGCCAUUGAGGCUUCAUGGGAGUAA